UGGCGUCUAUUUGUAGAAUUGGGAUCUGGUUUCCCUGCAGCAGAGAAAGCUCCAUCAGGCACCAGACAGAGCCCCCAACAAAUGGAGAUCAGGCAGGAGGGUGAUGGACGUGUUGCCUUGCAGGGGGCUGGAAUGACGCCGGGAAUGAGUUCUCAGCCAUCUCUCUUUCUUUCUGGAGUGGAACCGGAUCAGGGUCUGGUGUCUUUUGAGGAGGUUGCCGUGUGCUUCACGGAGGAGGAGUGGGCCCUGCUGGAUCCUGACCAGAGAUCCCUGCACAGGCAGGUCAUGGAGGAGAACCGGGGCAUCGUGCCCUCUCUCGGAGCUGAUAAGUGGGAAACAGAAAACAAGACAGAACCAUGUGGGAUGUCACCAAAAAAAGACAAAUAUAUAAAUAGCAAAGCACAGACAAGGAAAACUGAAGUAAAUAGCAAUAGGAGGAAAGACUCAUUUCCUUCUCAGGGAAAUAGCUACCAUCACCUCACAACUGAAGAAGUAAUGCAUAAAAGACAGGAAAAGAAUAGGUUCCAUAUGCAUAGGAAUACUUUCAGUUCUGAAUCAAACGUUAAAACAUUGGAGAAAAUAUAUAAAUGCCUGCAAUGUGGGAAGAGCUAUAGUCAGAGGAUAUAUCAUACUUCUCAUCAAAGACCUCACAUAGGGGAGAAACCAUAUCAUUGUUUGGAGUGUGGAAAGAGCUUUAAUCAGAAGACAAAUCUCAAGUAUCAUCAAGGAACUAACAGAGAGGGGAAACUAUGUAAUUGUUUGGAGUGUGGAAAAAACUUAACUCAGAAAAGAACACACACAGGUGAAAAACCAUAUAAAUGCUUGGAAUGUGCAAAGAGCUUCAAUCAUAAGAUAAGUCUUACACGACAUCAAAGAACUCACACUGGGGAGAAACCAUAUCAUUGUUUGGAAUGUGGAAAGAGUUUCAGUCAGAAGAAAUAUCUUAGUUCUCAUCAAAGAACUCACACAGGGAAAAAACCAUAUAAAUGCUUGGAGUGUGAAAAAAGUUUCAGUCACAAUAGAAAUCUCAUUCAACAUCAAAGAACUCACACUGGGGAGAAACCAUAUCAGUGCUUGGAGUGUGGAAAGAGUUUCAGUCUGAAGACAUAUCUCACUUAUCAUGAAAGAAUUCAUACAGGGGAGAAACCAUAUCAUUGUUUGGAGUGCGGAAAGAGCUUCAGUCAAAAGACACAUCUCACUUACCAUCAAAGAAUUCAUACAGGGGAGAAACCAUAUCAUUGUUUGGAGUGUGAAAAAAGCUUCAGUCUGAAGACACAACUCACUUCUCAUCAAAGAAUUCAUACUGGCGAGAAACCAUACAUUUGUUUGGAGUGUGGAAAGAUCUUCAGACAGAAGGCACAUCUCACUCAUCAUCAAAGAAUUCACACAGGGGAGAAACCAUAUCAUUGUUUGGAGUGUGGGAAGAGCUUCAGUAAGAAGGAAUAUCUCACUUGUCAUCUAAGAACUCACACAGGUGAGAAACCAUAUAAAUGCUUGGAAUGUGGAACGAGUUUCAGUCAGAAAACACUUCUAACUUCUCAUCAAAGAACUCACACAGGGGAGAAGCCAUAUAAAUGCUUGGAGUGUGAGAAAAGCUUCAGUCAGAAGAGAACUCUAAUUCAACACCAAAGAACUCACAUAGGGGAGAAACCGUAUAAAUGCUUGGUGUGUGAAAAGAGCUUCAUUCAGAAGAUACAGCUCAUUCACCAUGAAAGAUUUCACACAAGGGAGAAACCAUAUCACCGUCUGGAGUGUGGAAAGAGCUUCAGUCAGAAGAAACAUCUCAUUCAACACCACACUAAUCACACAGGGGAGAACUUGUAGAUCUGCAAUAUUUGAAAUGGGAAGUUAACAUAUUUUUGUCAAGCUUCCAUAAAAACAUAUGCAUUAUAUUCUGUCAUAUAUCUUGACUUCAGCUAAGCUUUUGACAAAGUACCAUAUGACAUUCUAAUUAACAAACUAGCUAAA